CUACGGGGUCGACAAGAUGGUCUAGUUAACAGGGAUCACCUCCCCACCACUAGCAAUACUAUUUAAUGUCUUAUAUUUUUCAGGUCCCAGUAUUGCCUAUGACUGUAACUGGAUAUCCGGUUUGGAAGUUAUGCGUUUGGCUUACAACGCAAUCAAAUCUGGCCAAUGCGAAUCCGUUAUCAUCGGUACUGCCAAUCUAGCGCUCCAUUCAGAGUUCCAGUGGAUUUACAACCAAAUGGGUUUGCUCUCUAGUGAUGGGAGCACCAGGCCAUUCGAUGCUGAUGCAUCGGGCUAUGGUAGAGGAGAUGGUGUUGCCAUAAUGUACCUGCAAAAGGCCUCGCAAGCUCGCCGCGUCUACGCCACAAUCGAAGGAAUCAGCACCAUCUUCAAUGGGAAUCAACCUGGUGGUCUUUUGGAUAUCGAUGUUAACAACAUGACCGAAUUUAUGGAAGACUUCUACAAAGACACUUCCGUUAAGCCUGAAGAUGUAGAAUAUGUCGAAACGUAUGGGUGCGGAUUAAAGGAAGUAGAUAAGAAGGAAGUAGAAGCACUAGAGAAAGUGUACUGCAAGAAGCGCAAGUCACCGUUGAAGAUCGGAUCGAUGAAGACAGUCAUGGGUCAUGCUGAAGCAUCUUCGUCUCUUUUGAGUGUGGCCGCGGUCGUCGUUGCGAUGGAAAACGGAAUGAUUCCUGCUACUCUCAACUAUGAAAAACCAAAUCCUGAGAUCAAGGCACUUGUCGAUGGAAAGGUUCAAGUGGUAACUAAGAACACUCCAUGGAAGCCAACGUAUGCAGCUGUCAACGCCAUUGGUAUAGACUGUUGCUAUGGACAUCUUUUGCUCAGGGCUAACCCGAAAGAAAAGGUCCAACUACCUAUAACUCUACCUCCUUUGCUUGCUGUGUCUACCAGGACCGAAGAUGGUGUAGUGAAGAUCUUAGAACUGCUAAAAACAAAACCACGAGAUCCUGAGUAUUACAGGCUCAUUCAUGAAGUAUUCUCCAAACCCAUUCCCGGGCAUCUUUAUCGUGGUUACGUUACAUUGGGAGAAGAAAUAAAACAGGAGUCAGUGUACUACGAGGGUAAACAAAGGCCAGUAUGGUUCGUAUACUCUGGAAUGGGCAGUCAGUGGAAUGGCAUGGCCAGCGACCUAAUGCAGUUGCCCAUAUUUGCAGAUUCCAUAAACAAAUCAGCUGCUAUCUUGAAGAAGAAAGGUGUUGAUUUGAUCAAAAUCAUCACCUCUGAAGAUAAGACAAUAUUUGAUAACAUCUUGCACUGUUUCGUGGGAAUUGCCGCUAUCCAGAUUGCCCUGACGGACGUAAUCAAAGCCCUAGGCAUAGUACCAGACGGCAUCAUCGGUCACUCCGUAGGGGAGUUAGGCUGCGCCUACGCCGACGGCUGCAUGACGGCCGAGCAAAUGAUCCUGUCCGCCUACUGCAGAGGAAAGGCUUCCCUUGACGCCUCGCUUAUACCCGGCAUGAUGGCCGCUGUCGGUUUGGGGUACAAUCAGAUCAAGGAUAAGUUGCCGCCUACUGUGGAGGUAGCUUGUCAUAACAGCGGCGACAGUUGUACGUUGUCUGGGCCUAAGGAGGAUUUGGAAAAGUUUGUGGCACAACUCACAGGACAGGGCAUCUUUGCUCGUCUUGUUAACGUAGCUGGCAUCGCAUACCACAGUCAGUACAUCAGACCCGCAGCUCCCCUCCUCCUGCAGUAUCUGAAGGAAGUACUGCCCAAACCGAUAGAACGCUCUUCCAAAUGGAUAUCCACGUCCAAUAGAGAGGAAAACUGGAAUACAGACCUUGCUAAACAUUCUUCUGCUGAGUACCACACUAACAAUCUGCUGAGCUCCGUGCUGUUCGAGGAGGGUUCCAAGCAUAUUCCUAAGGAUGCUAUUUUAAUCGAGAUCGCGCCCCAUGGUUUACUGCAGGCUAUUCUGAAGAGAAGUGUCAAGACGGCCACGAAUAUUCCGUUAACACAAAGAGGCAAUAAGAAGGGGUUGGAGUUCUUGCUACAGGCCUUCGGAAAAAUGUACCUAACCGGUAUGAACUUCGAGAUAGACAACUUGUAUCCAAAAAUAGAGUACCCCGUAAGCCGCGGCACUCCGACUCUGAGCGAUCUAGCUCAAUGGAAUCAUACUGAAUUGUGGAGGACUGCCGAAACUUCUCACCACGCUCAACAUGGAGUUAGGGACAGCGAUGUAUCGCUGAACGAUGAAGAGUUCAGGGUUAUUGUAGGACAUCAACUGUAUGAUACUGUGAUAUUGCCCACCAGUUACUAUUUGAAUUUUGUAUUCCAAAUCUUCGACCAAUUGGUUGCGGGAAGAACAGACUUCGUAUUGGAGAAUCUUCACUUCAGACGUCCAGUGUCCGUACCUAAAUACGGAUCUGUUCCAAUGCACACUAUGGUCCAAAGAGGCAGUGGAGAGUUUGAAGUACUCAGCAAAGGAGAAGUACUUGUUUCUGGUAAGAUGACAUUCCCAAUGAGUGACGACAAGUUUCUGCUGGAUCCAGGUACCAUCGAGAUCGGUACGGGCAACGUGCAACUGUCUCAGAUUGAUAUCUACAGUGAAUUCCAGCAUAGAGGACACAAAUAUUCUGGAGUUUUCAAGAAAAUUAAAGGAUUGACUAUGUGUGAAGAGGGUAGUAUCGCCAUAGUUGAGCAACAAGAUAAAUGGGUGCCACUAUUGGAAUCUAUGUUGCAACAAUAUCUGUUGAAUGCUGGAGAGAGAACCCAACAGGUCCAUGUCAUCAAAACCAUUCAGAAGAUCGCUGUUUCCAUGGAACACAUCCCGGCCGAAAAAACUGACGUGAAGGUCCAGUACGAGUACUACACCAACCUUUUGUCCACUGAUGGCCUGCAAGUGAUGGGCAUCAAGUCCAUUCCCUUGGACCCGCCUAGUGAGAGGUUGAACAUGUGCGCUAUGGAGUACCUGCCUCUCAACAACUCACAAUUCGAGAAAAUCGAGAGGGGUAUUGAAUUAGCUCUCCAGAUGUCAAUGCAAGAAUUCAACACAGCAAAUGAAGAUGUAAUAAAAUCUCUGUUCAUAACCGAAUACAAAGCCUUAAGUAACGCAUCUCUGGAAACCGAAGUCAGAAAUGUGAUUAAUACCAACGUUCUACUGAAGGCCAAUUUAACAACAGUGACCGAGACCAAAGAAAUUACCAUUCAGCAAAUAUACCCACAACUGAUCAUAGUGAAUGGAACUGCACCAGAAGACGUUUACGCCCUCAUUGCAAAAUCACCAGCAUACCUGCUUUCAAAAACUGACAAGAAUGCGUUGGCACAUCCAGAUGUGAUCCAGGUGGCACAGUUCACCGUUGGAAAUGAUAGCUACUCUAUUUUCAAAAAGACAAAUACCCUGCCAGCAAAAAUGAUCCAAGUCCAAGGGGACACAUUGAGCUUAAACGAUAUGAAGCGUUCGUCCUGCCCAUGGGCAACAGAGCUAUUCACUGCAGCUAAGGAGUCCGCCCAGAAGCAACAUCCUGUGUUCCUGAUCGCCAACCAGAUUCCCAUGGAAGGUUACAGGAACUUCGUACAAGAAGUGAAGGCGCAGCCUAACACUGAACACGUCAAGUUCGUCUUCAAUUUGGAUAAGAAACAGUACGAUCUGCAACAGGUGGUAAAGCAGAAUAUGACCGUCUCCGUCAUCAAGGAUGGUGUACUAUACGCAUACUUCCCACUUAGUCUCAAGUUCAAGACGCUUGUUGAUUUGAAACACACUAGCACGAACGUUCUCAGAAACAAGACGAUCAAGUAUCUGAGUGUCAAUCUUAAGGACGAGACGUUGAACCCUGCAAAGGUGAAAAAGAAUUAUGUCGGUAACAUUGACUAUUCUGCAGUCACAAGUAGUGGUGAGAGGGUUAUGGGAUUAGCCUAUCUAGACGAAAACAGUUCUCAACUGGUGGAUGAUCCAAUAUUCCAAUGGACAGUUCCAGAAAGAUGUAGCUUAGAAGAUGCUGCUACUUUACCACAUGCUUAUGUCAGCGCAUACUAUAUGUUGGUGACGAAAGCUAAUGUACAACCUGGUGAAACGGUGUUAAUCCACGGUGGCUGUACUCCCAUUGGAUUGGCUGUCAUUUCCAUCGCUCAUGUGAUGGGAUGUGAAGUCUACACCACCGUAGCAACUGACCUCCAAAGAGCCAUACUUAGACAACGAUACUCUUUCUUGAGUGACCAUAACAUUCUGAGCUGCACCGACAACACUUUCGAGGAAAGGUUCAUGUCGUCAACACAAGGCCGUGGUGCGCAGGUGAUCCUAAACUGUAUUUCCGGAAAUCUGCUCACAAGUACCUUGGCUUGUAUUGCUGAAUGGGGAAGGUUUAUUCAUUACGGAAAAUACGACUUGGAGGAAGGAAACUCAAUUGGAAUGUUUUGUUUCUUGAAGAAUACCACAUUUGAAACGGUGAACUUAGAAAAUGUGUUCCAUCAGCCUAAAGAAGUUAAAGAAGAAAUAAAGAAGCUAGUUUACAAGGGUUUGGAUAGUUGGUUUGUCAGACCUGGACCAAACGAAGUUGUGGAGCACUUUAAUGUUGCAGGGAUGCUAAGUGAAAUGAAGGACGUCUCCAACAUUAACAAAAUCGUGAUUAAAGUAGGCGAAUACUUGAAACCAAGCCGCUUGAACGUGAAUCAACCUAACAAGUUUGCCUGCAGUGCUAAGAGCUGCUAUGUAGUUUAUGGAGGUACUGCAGAGACAUGGACCGAUCUGGUGGAAUGGCUUGUUUUCCAUGGUGCUAGAAAGAUUGUGGUGUCCUCAGAUGCGAAACCUCAAGUGAAUAGUCUAAAUAGGCGACUCUCCCUUCUGCAGUCCUAUUAUCAGGCUGAUAUUAUAAUGGCACCAAGCAAGUCACACACCAAAGAAGGGUUCCAAGAAUUGUUGUCUGAAGUAUACCAGCUUGGACAUGUCCAUGCUUUGUUCGUCCUACCGGGGAAGUCCAACACUAAGGUCAGUGAAAUCAAGCCCAUACAAUACUUGGAGCACGCUCUGCGCACCACUGCACCAAAAGCGAUCUUUGUGAACUUUGUGAUCACUGCCAGCGGAAUAUGCCAUCAGAGAUCUGCAGCUGGUUUUGCCACGUACAAUAUGCAGUACACCAAGAGCACGGAGGUGGCAGAUUGUAUCCAGGCAUUGGACAAUAUCAUGGACACGAAGGUCAGUGAUGUACUUGUGAGGAAGGACAAAGAUGCUGACAGUAGGCAACAAGAUGGACAAACGCAACAUAUCGACUUUAGGAAAUUCUUACCAACGCCCGAACAUCUGAUAUACGCCCAGAAGCGUGCUCCUCAAGAGCCAGAAUGGACUCAGGUUAUAACAGAAGGACCAAUGGAGAUAAGAGAAUUACUACCUCUGUUCGUGAUACCAGGACUUACGGGACGUGAAGAACUGGAAAAAAUGUUUGAGAGCAUUCUCUAUCCGACGUUCCUGGCUCAAUUGCCAGAGAAACCGUACCCGUUAAAGAAAAUGGCUGAGAAGUUCGUCGAGGUAAUUUGUAUGCCAACUAUUAGAAGUGAAAGUAUAGUGAUAGGCGCAGCAAAACGUUCAUAAUAACUUACAGAGUGUUCUGAAACUUGGGGCUUUUCUUUUCAAAAACAACUAAGCUUGAAAUAACAAAGAUAAUGUGAGGCGAGACAGCAGAAACCUAUAAAUGAUUUUUCUAAAUUGUUGCAAUUCGAUUUGAAAAACAUCAGUUUGUGCUCGACGUCUGCAAUAUUCGGGGUUAUCUAGGUCUCCCACAGCGCUGAUCUUGACGUCCCAGUAAGCGGCUUAUAUUCCUGAUAUUUUGAACGAGAUAAACGAUCACAUGCGGCGCAAGAUGGAAACUUCCCGGAAAAACGAUCUGAAUACCGUACGGCAUCUCAGAGAAGCUUUGCAGACAGUUGAUGGAUCAGUUUUGGCUUCUCUCUUGUACGAUCAAUCUGAUCCACAGCUUUUCUGAUGACAGCACUUCACAGGCAAACAAAGUGCUAAGUCGAUUUCUGCCGAUGAGGUGAAUAGAACAAGACUAGUAGCACCUUUCUCUAUGACCAGCGGUCUGGAAGUUAUCAAUGCCUGGGUACGCAAAAAUUUGGUCAGCUAAGAAGUCCUUUAACAUCUUCACAGCCUAGAGUACUGUGAGUACUGUUUGAGGUGCUGCUACCCUGGCUACAGUGUCCGUACUCGAUUCUGUACAAAUAGGUUCUCUACGACUGCCCGAUAACACUCCUCUAAUUAAUGUAUGAUACCGCGGCGUGUUUAGAAUGCCAGACGGACCAGCCACGCUUCUGCUUCCCAUCCUAACUCUGUAGAAUUUCGUACAUGCAGAACUGGUCGGUACGACUGCUCCUUUGUUCCCAGACUACCAAGAUUUUGGAACAAUCUGCAUUUGAACGCAUUUCCCAGUUUUGCUAACCUUAGGCAGUUCUAAAAUCGGACUAAUGUAUGUAACUUCUUUAUAGCAGUCGCGCUGCCUCAGCACUUAGGUUUUGCCUACAGGGCUAAGCCUAAACCCUAAUACAACAUCAUAUUGAUAAAUUCGUUAUUGCUAAUUAUUUUGCUGGCGGCAGGUAUGCAUUUAAUAUUGAAGGUUUUUCCAGAGACUCAUAUAUUAAGAUAUUAAAUAUGUCACUAGAAAAAAGAUCCAUACGUCGAUAUAGUUCCAACUAGAGCAUACCAUUAUCGAACUCUUGAGAUAAUCGAUAAAAAAACUACUUCGUUUUCUUACAAAAACCGACAAUUAUCGAUUUUCUUUAGAAACUGAUAUUUUACGUAUAGUAAUAGGAAUAAAAGGUUCUAUAUACUACCUAAAUAAACCACAAUUGAAA